UUAACACGAAACCUAAACACAGUUCCUCUGUAUUUUUUCCUCAAUUGGCUGAAAAAUAAAUUUCGUAAUCAAAGAGUGUUCCUUUGAAGAAAAGUUUCACCCUUUUUUAACAGAUCUGAAGAAGGGUUAUAUUGAAAUUUUUGAUUUUCAGGGAAUAAAACAAACAAAGGAGGAGGGUGCGAUCGAAGAAGAGGUGAAAAAAUAUGGCGCAUAGGGUAGAACAGGAUUAUGAUUAUUUGUUCAAGAUCGUGUUGAUCGGUGAUUCUGGUGUCGGCAAAUCAAACAUCUUGUCUAGAUUCACAAGGAAUGAGUUUUGUUUGGAAUCUAAGUCCACCAUUGGUGUUGAAUUCGCCACCAGAACUCUCCAGGUUGAAGGGAAGACUGUUAAAGCUCAGAUAUGGGACACUGCAGGUCAAGAGCGGUACAGAGCUAUCACAAGCGCUUACUACAGAGGUGCGGUAGGUGCGCUUCUUGUUUAUGACAUAACCAAAAGACAGACCUUUGACAAUGCCCUAAGGUGGCUACGUGAGCUUAGAGACCAUGCGGAUUCAAACAUUGUGAUCAUGAUGGCUGGAAACAAAGCUGAUCUAAACCACUUGAGAUCAGUUGCUGAGGAAGAUGGUCAAAAUUUAGCUGAGACGGAAGGUCUCUCUUUCUUGGAGACAUCUGCUCUUGAAGCCACCAAUAUUGAGAAAGCUUUUCAAACCGUGUUGACAGAGAUCUACCAAAUCAUAAGCAAAAAAGCUUUGGCUGCUCAAGAAGCAGCAGCUGCUAAUUCAGCGAUUCCGGGGCAAGGAACAACGAUUAACGUUGAUGACACAUCUGGAGCAGCCAAAAGAGGUUGCUGCUCUACUUAAUUGGAAACUUUCUCUUGCUUAUUUUUUGUCUUCUUCUUCUUCUCUCUGUUUUCUCUUCAAGUUUUGGGUGAUGGAAUGUAACAAACAACGAUGCAAGACUAUGUAGAAUAUUUUUCUUCCUUUACUCUUGUCGUACCAUCUAUGAUGGACUUGUGUUCAGAAAGAAAAAAAAAAGAAGAAGGAAAAGCUUGUUAUUAAACUUCUCUUCUUUGUGUU